UGGGUCCCUGGCGCUGUGAGGCAGCAGUGCUAACUACUGAACCACCGUGCCAAAAUUUCUUGCAUUCUCCCUUUUUUCAUCUUUCCAGGAUGCCAUUUAUCCAGUUUUAUCACAGUUUGAUUGCCAACAAACAGGGAGACUGCCUGAAAUGCACCUUUGUGAUUUGCAAAGCUGAACAAUGCUCCUUUAUAGGCCACCUUUAACUGCCAGAGAGCACCUAACUUGAGGAUGGCUGGUUUGAAUGACACUUGAUUUUCUUCAUUGAGUGGAUUCUUGCUCAGGACCUCCUCCUCCUUUCACUAGCACCAGCAGUCUCACUGCCAACCCCUUGGUAUUGCCCACACUACCCUGCCACAGUUGAAGUGUCCCUCAUUUCAUUUGGUUGGGUACUGUGCUUUAAGUGAUUGGGUCGAGGUGAACUAUUGGUCAAGGCACCAGAGAGAACACCAGUGCUCUGAAAUAGGGCUGCUGCGGCUUCAGUUUAGCACCUCAACUGAUAAACAACAGCUCUGAUACUGCAGCAACAGCAACUUGAUUUAUUUUGUGUCCUUAUGUAGUUAAAAAGUCCAAAGAUACUUCACAGAAGUGUUGUCCAAUAAAAUUUGAAUUGUACAAUAUUAGGAGUUAUUAGGUCAGGGUCUGAAAGGUUUGGUUAAAAAUAUAUUUCAAUUGAGUAUCAUAAAGAAAAGAAAUGUGGAGAGACAGGUUUAGUUAGAAAAUUGCAGAUGGAGUCAAAUGAUUUGCAGCCUUGCCAAUGGUGGAAUGUUUAAAAUCUGGGAUGUUAAAAAGGCACCUCACAGCAACUAUGACACUGAGUUGCAUAGCAGAUACUAAGCCAGGUGGCUAAACGUUUGGUCAAAGAGGUAGGCUUUAAGGAAAGGAAAGGCAGGAGGGAGCGGAUAAAUGUGUGGAGUGGUAUUUCAGAGUUUGAGGCCGAAACAACUUUUAAAAACGUUUAUUGAUGGUUGAGCAAUUACAAUUGUUAAUGUACAAAUUUCUGAAAUUGGAUGAGUGCAGAUAUCCUGGAGGGUUGUGGGACUGAGGGAGAUUGGAGAUAGUGAGGGAUUUAAAAUCAAGGAUGAGAAUUCAGAAAGUACGGCACAAAAUGAGUUGAGAUGAUCAAAACAGUCUGGGAUACAGAUAUCCUCACAUACCCACUGGAGCCUGCAUGCACUUUGCUUCAUCCAUCAUCCAUCUAUGCCAAAAUAUUUCUGCCGCUCUCCACUUUGCUACAUUCACUGAUUUGUGAUAACACAAGUUGAAGGUCUAUAAAAAUGCCUAGAUGCCUUCCUAGAAGAACAGAAUUGAAAACAAGAAUAUUAUGUUAAACUUAGUUGGAUCAUAGAGUAGUGUGCAGAGUUCUAGUCUUCAGAAAGCAUGUGGAGGGACCGUUGAAGGUGCAAAACAAAAUUACAAGGCAGAUGCCAUAAUGUAGGCUAUACCUAACAGGAAAGACAAAAGAGACUGAAAAGCAGGAAUUUAAAUUAAUUAAAGAUAUGAUUGGGUAGGCACAGAUAAAAUAUUUCCACUUGUAGGGAGUCCAAAAAAAGGAGCCUGGAGGAUAACAUAGAAUUUUUUUUAUUAGAUAUAUUAACUUUGUUCAGAAAGUGGUGAGAAUGUGGAAAUCACUAUUGCAGGGUGCAGCUCAGGUGCUUAGUAUCGAUGCACAUGAGAGAAGAUACAUUGAUGGGGUUAGAUGAGGAAGGUGGAAGAGUCUUGUGUUAGAGCAGAAAUAUGAACAGUUGGGCUGAGUGACCUUCAUGAGAGCAAUAAAUUGUUUGUAUUUAUGGUUUUUCCAGAAUAGUAAACGUUUUACUGUGUUCAGUAUAGCAGUUUCACCUUCACUUUUACAGGUGAUUGACAGGACCCAAGCUAUGGCUACAGUUGCUGCAUUUCAAAGUGUUUGCUCAUGGAACAGAAGAUGUCUCCUAUUCUCACUACGGUGGUCAGCCAAGUUGCUGCCAAAGCCCAGAGUUUUAUUAUCAGUGUCUAUUCCCUCGUCCAACCAGGCAAGCGGCCAGCAUUGUUCCUUUUCACAAUGUGCUGAGAUCCACACGUCUGCAGCUAAUUCCGCAGGGCACAACAAAUGGUCAAAGGUGAAGCACAUCAAAGGGCCAAAGGACGCUGAGAGGAGUCGGAUGUUUGCUAAGUUGUCAAUAAUGCUUCGCUUUGCAGUGAGAGAAGGAGGCUCAAACCCUGAGUUUAACACGCAGCUGGCCAAUGUCAUUGAGCAGUGUCGAGCCAAGAACAUGCCCAAAACAUCCAUUGAAGCUGCUAUCAAAGGGGCAAAGUCCAAGGCUUCAACCUAUUCAUUGUAUGAAGGGAGAGGCCCAGGGGGAUCAUCUGUGCUGAUUGAAGUUCUAACAGACAACAACAGCCGGUCACAUCAAGAGAUAAAAAACAUCCUGAACAAAAAUGGGGGCUCUCUCUGUGAGGGUGCUCGCCACUGCUUUGAGAGGAAAGGUGUGGUGACAGUGAAUGGACUGGACAACAAUGGUCAGCAGAUUGAGUUGGAACGUGCUUUAGAACUGGCAAUUGAAGCAGGGGCUGAGGAUGUUAAACAGGCUGAGGAUGAAGAAGACAAGGUGAUCCUGAAGUUUGUUUCUGACAUACCGUCUCUACGAGAUGUAAGACAGAGGUUGAAUGCACUGGGAUUGCUGACUGUUACUGCUGCGCCUGAGUUUAUUGCCACAACCACCGUCCAGCUAACAGACAGAGAUUUGGAGGCAGCAUUUUGCUUGAUUGAACUGAUUGAUGAAUAUCAGGACGUUAUUAAAGUCUAUGAUAAUAUUGAGUCAAAAAGUUGACUGACAGCAAGAGAGAGAUUUCUGUACUUUAUUGGCUGCUGCAUCAAUGAUCGGGAAGCACAGCUGAACAUUGUGUUGAGAUUGAGUGAGGACUAUUUCAAAGAUACUGAUGGUGAUUUCUUCUCUGCGUUGACAAAAACAGCUGAGUACACCCCUCCACUGAGUAAAGGAUGUGAUUACUUGACAGUGCUUGCCGAUCAUGGAAUCCCUAUUAUGGAAGCAGGCCAUUCAGCCCAUCGAGUCCACACUGAUCCUCUGAAGAGCUUCCCACCCAGACCCACGCCCUCUACCCUAUCCCUGUAAGCCUGCUUUUCCCAUCGAUAAUCCACCUAGUCUGCACAUCCCUGGAUACUACAGGACAAUUUAGCAUGAUCAAUCAACCUAAUCUGUACAUCUUUGGACUGUGGGAGGAAACCACAGCACCCAGAGGAAACCCGUGCAGACAUGGGAGAAUAUGCAAACUCCAACAGAUGUUCGCCGAAGGGUGAAAUCAAACCCAGGUCCCUGUAGCUGUGAGGCUGCAGUGCUGUGUCACCGUGCCUCCCUGUGUAACUAAUGGUGUUUUCUGAUCCUGCUUCAUUGUCACUGCCCCCAAUGGUGCAGACAUUCAUUGGGUUACAGCUCCACAAGCCACAGCACUCACCAUUAUUUUUGUACAGCUUCAUAGACGUGUUGGUGACCCAUUACAUGGGACAUCACAAUCUAGUCCAGUUCUUGGUUUCCAACAGGGACAGUGAACAGUAGGAGGGGUCGAUGGCUAUGAUAUGGAUUCAAAGUCCUGACUGAUUUUUGUUGUUAUUUAACCCAUGGACGUUGAACAGUGAUCAGGAGCAAAAUCCUUGACUAAUCUCACCCUCUCUCCAAUAGCUUGGGACAAUUAUGAAAGUUAGAGAUUGCAUUUAGAAAAUGCCUGAAACAGUCAAAUGCGCUUUACACGGGAUUUUCUUUUGAAGCGUAGUCUUGUAAUGUGGACAAAUGGCGAUUUGUACCCAGCAAUGAGAUAAUAAACAUAAUGUUUUGAGA